AUGUCAACAAUGUAUGCACGAGAAUAUGCUGGAAAUCCAAUUAAACCAGAUGUUAAUAUCUUUCAAAAUAAAUCAUUUAAACAAGGUGAAAAACCAAAAAAGUUGGAUGAAGAUUAUUUCCUCUACUCGUUGAAAUCUCUUUUCAAAGAUAAUUUGAAUGAAUAUCCAGGUAAACAAUUAGACAGACCAAACAAACUCGAUAUUACCGCCGCCGAUGAUAGAGAAUUGAAUUUUCUUGAAGAGAAGAAAUGGGAUGAGAAAGAACUCCUUAAAGAACAACGUGCUGAAACAUUCAAGAAUUUCACCUUCCCACCACAUAUGUCAAUCCAAGAGAAAUGCGUAGACCAAUUGCAACAAGAUUACGACGAUUUCCAUAUGCUUUGCUUAAGAGAUAUGUUCCGUGAUAAAGAAUGUGAUUUGGAAGGAUUUAGUCGUACACCAGCUCAAGAUAAAGAUGAACUUAAAGAAAUGAAUCUUACUCAUGAAUCAUUACUAAAGGAGAAAUCCAAACUUCCAUUAAAGAAACAACAACAAAAUAAAUCCUCAAAUAAAAUCAAUGGUAAAUUAAAUAAAAAGAAAAUCUCACCAAAUCAAAAGAGAACAAUUAUCCGUCAAACUAAAACUACAACAACAAGAAUUUUUAAAAAACCAAUCUCCUCAAUGGAACCAAUUACAAAAACUGAAAUAACCUCAAAAACUAUUACUAGACCUGUAACUGAAAUUCCUUCUAAUGAUCCAAAAUCAAAACCAAAAUUAUCAACUCAAACAAGUUAUUCUGUCGACCUUUCACACUUAAAUAAUAACUCUUGGGUUUGGGAUAAUGGUGAAACUAGAAAAUUAUAA